UCCCAGUAUCCUUCCGUUACCUCUCUUCACCUUUCUUCUCGCAUUUAAAAACCUCUCUUUUCAUGAAGAGAGAGAGAGAGAGAGAGAGAGAGAAGGAGAGAACUGGAUCAAUCCAGAUGGCCUUUAAAGGGGCAGAACCGAUCCCAGAAGAAACGACGUCGAAUUCUCUCUUAACAAACACGCGGUGCUGCUUCUGUUUUCCCUGCUUUUCUUCCCGACGAUCCUCCACCGUCGGAUUAUCCUUCUGGGAGCGAAUCCAAUCAUCAUCACAGUCACACGGCUAUGGUCCCAAUCAAAAUCAAUGGUGGUUCAAGGGGAUAAGAGCGUUGAAGAAGAUCAGAGAGUGGUCCGAGAUCGUUGCGGGUCCUAAAUGGAAAACCUUCAUUCGAAGAUUGAAUCGAAAUAAGAGCAGUGGCAGUGGUAACGGAAGGCGCCAUGGGAACUUCCAGUAUGAUCCUUUAAGUUACUCGCUGAAUUUCGAUGAAGGGCCGGGAGGACAGAAGGGGAAUUUCGAUGAAAUGGAUGAUUACGGUGGGUUUCGCGAUUUCUCCUCCCGUUACGCCUCCGUGUCCGCCUCUGGUCAGCCGAUGGCUAUGGAUACCUCGGACAGUAAAGACGUGGUGGUUAUGGCUUGAGAGAGAGGAGGAGCUGUGAGUGAGGGCAUAAUUGAUGCUAAUUUGCGCCGGGCUGUGCAGGAUAACGAUCGAGUGUUUGUUGACUUGGUGACGCAAGGUGCCGGCGCGUACUUUACUGCUCAUCUAUAGUAUUAUUAUAGUUUGUAGCUGUAUAAAUUCGAGACGGUAGGUGGGGCAAUGACAAGGAAACACGUGUCAGGAAAAUGGCCAGUUUGCUUGUUAUGCAUGUAUUAUAUAUAUAUAUAUAUAUAUAAAAAUUGGGUGUCUUGUUUGGAGAAUAAUAGGGAUGUCGGGCUUUGUAUUGUAACAUUUGUGUGUAUUCAUAAAUACAUUCUUUAAAUCAAAA